AUCACCACAGGGGGGCAGUGUUGUGCAGCGGAAGGACGGGGAUGCAGACAAUGGAUGCGAUUAUACGAGCGCUCUGAAACAAGUAGCGACAGAAUUAAAUAGAUGGAUGGGAUUUAAUGCAAACCGAGUGUUUCAGCAACAGCAGAAUCCGCUUUUUGGCGCAGGUGACUUUAUUCCUAUUUUUGAAAUCAAAUGCAGCGCAUCCUUCCCUGUUGAUCCAGGCCCGCCCAUAAUCCACAGCAUCUCCGGGAAAACUGAAAACAAUCCGUUCAUUAUAAGGGAGGAAGGUGAGUCUGCUGAUAAAGCAGCUAAUAAUAGGACGUGGAUCGUUUUAAUAAUCUGCAUAUCAUAGCCUGUUGUUUCUGAAACGGAUGCUAGAAUAUCCUGAUUGUCCAAUUAGAAGCUCUGCUUGCUGUGAUGGACUUCCCGGGUCAUUUCCAGCACAUUUUUAAACAGCUCAACCAUCAGCGCCUGCACACCCAGCUAUGUGACUGUAUGGUGGUGGUUGGAGGUCAGAGCUUCCAGGCUCAUCGCUCCAUCCUGGCUGCCAGCAGCUCUCACUUCAGGGCUCUCCUUACCUCCAGCGAUGAGGGCUCAGGAGCCCAACAUGUGAUGGAGCUGGAUCCAGAGGUUGUGACGCCAGAGGCCUUCUCUACCCUCCUGGAUAUGAUCUACACCUCCACCCUCACUAUAGGGACCUCCAAUGCAAUGGAUGUGCUCUUGGCUGCUUCCCAUCUCCACCUAAAUGCAGUGGUCAAGGCCUGCAAGUUGCAUUUAUCCAGGAAAAACUUUCCUGCCUCUGCACCGAAAGGCUGGAGGUCUGUGCAGCAAAGUCCAUGCUCUGUGGCGGUAACAGUACCACAGCACCAGGUAACGUCAGCCACAGAUGAGGACUCUGAGAUAGAGGACAUGGGGAUGGAGGUGAGUCAGUCUGGAGAGGAUGACAUCAGAGGCAUGGGGGGAAGUGAGCAACUAACAGCUCCAUCUUUGAGACAAAAACGAAAGUUACAUGAGGAGAUACUGUGUGAAAAGAGGAGGAUUUUCAGCUACAAGGAGUGUUCACCCACUGUGACCAGGAGCACAGAGGAAGGAGGAGAUGAUCUGUCAUCAUCAGGCUGCCUGAAGUCUACUGACAGGCUGUGGGACAACCUAGGUGAUGAAGACGAGGAGGAAGAGAAAUACGAGGCAGCCAAGGGGGAGUCUGAUGAAAUCCAGCUGCCCACUCAGUCAGACAGCAGCACAGCUGGAGAGUGGAAAAUGGCUGAAGAUAAAGGUGGCGACGCUGUGGUCAAAGUUCAAGCUGGAGAAGAGGAGCGGGAUGAACAAAAAAUAGUGAUUGAGCUGAAAAAGGAAAAUAUAAGUUCAUUUUCCAACGAUUUUGAUGCAGGUCCAAACAAAUCUCCCCCGUCACUCUUGGAGGCACAGAUCGGAGAUGAAAAAAUGCCCGAGGCAGAAGCCGGCGGUGGGACGUUACCAUCUCAGGUGUGCGCAGAUGUUCACACGGAUAUGCUGACUGGGAGCGGAGAGCUGGGUGGGGACACAGUGGAAGGGGAAGGCUUGGAGAGCUUCUCCGAACUCGCCUUCUCCUGCUUUCUCAAUCCUAGUUCUGAAAGUGUAAUGGGAGCUUUAGGAGAAGAAGAUAGUCUGGCUAGUCUGACAGCUGCUGCGACUGCCGCCGCUGCCGCCAGCGACACGCCUACAGCCCCCGAAGGUGCAAAUGCACAGAGUCAAAGGUUGGCAGAAGCAAACGCUUCCUCAAUCCAGCCCUCGGAUUCUUCAUCACCUCUUGUUUUUCCUGUAGCCCCCGUCUCCUUGCAGCAGAUUCUCCCAACUCAAAGCUCCGGAUUCAGUGACACAAUCAUCCUACAACCCAAUCAGAACUCCUUGACAGGGUUUCUGAGCAGCAUCAGUCCAAGUCUCAGUCUGGACACCUCCCAUGUCCAACCAUCAAGGGCCGGGAAAAGCUCUGGAGCUCCGAUUUUCCGUCGCAUUGCCCCAAAAGUAGCUCCCGGAUCAGAAUCUUCCACAGAUGCUCCCUCCGCAUCAGCAGGUGAUGCUUCAGAGAGGCCAAGUCUGACGAGAGCUUCGGAAGACGUCCUGUCCAAGUGUAAGAAAGCGGCCGCCGAGGACCACGUGCUGCUGGUGGAAGGGGAGAAGAAAUACGCUUGCAAGAUCUGCUGCAAGACCUUCAUGAAUCUGACAGACUGUAAGAAGCACAUCCGCGUCCACACCGGGGAGAAGCCCUAUCCAUGUCCGAAGUGCGGCAAACGCUUCAGCCAGUCCUCCCACCUCUAUAAGCACUCAAAGAACACCUGCAUGAACUGGAAAGAUGAUCAGUCUUUCCCAGACUCUCUGCUCUAACUUGCACUAAAGACACCAUCUGAUGGAAAUUGAAUAUUUAUCCUUCAUGAAACUCUUAAUUUUUAGCUAAUAUGAAGUGAACAAAAAUCAUGCUUUUUUUUGUUUUCCUGUUCAAUAUUCAGCAAUGAUUUCCUGUUAUUGGCCUAAUGUGAAAGAUUAUAAAAAUUAUCA